AGGAAAGGAUGCAAGUGUCAAUUGCUUGAAAUGCUUUAAAGGAAAGUAGUUAAGCAUGGCUUGGAAUCAGCUCACUCCUUCCCAAAACUUUCCUCUUCACUCUCUCCUUUUCUAUACUUUUCCUUAGCCCUUAAGUCUUCUCUCCUUCAUCUUCUCAACUUCUUUCACAUUCUGCAACAUCAACAACAUCCAAAAACAAAGCUUCUCUUUGUUCUUCAAUGGCAGAUACAGACCCUUUCAUCAAACCACAAACACUAGGUUCACAAGUGCCCCAAAACCAUACAGACACAAGUAAGUAUUUCACUGAUUUCCUAUACAAAGCUGUAAUUGUUACAAUCUUUCUAGUUGUUCUUCCAUUGCUCACUUCACAAGCUCCUGAGUUCGUCAACCACACACUUCACACCAGAAGUUGGGAGCUCCUUCAGCUUGUUUUUGUAGGUAUUGCAGUUUCCUAUGGCCUAUUUAGUAGGCGAAACGAAGAAACAGAGAAAGAACAUAGCUCAAAAUUCGAUAAUGCACAAUCAUAUGUGUCCAGAUUUCUUCAGGUUUCGUCGGUUUUUGAUGACGAGGCCGAGAACCCAUCUGAGUUUGAUGACAACAAGGUCCAAACUUGGAAUUCUCAGUACUAUAGGGGUGAACCAGUGGUUGUAGUAGCUCGAGAAAACUCUGUUCUUGAAGAACAGAGGAGUACUAGUUCUAUAACUGGCGAAAAGCCGUUGCUUUUGCCAGUUAGGAGCUUGAAAUCCAGGAUCUCAGAGUCUGAUGUUGUUGAAUCAAUUAAUGAGUCUAGUGCUAAAACUGGUUCUCUUAGUAGGUCUAGUUCAAAUUUGGGUUCUAAGCGUUUUUCAAAUAGUUUUACCAAAACUAGAAAUGGCGAAUUUGGAUGUUCAAAUCCUCUGAAUUCGGAGGAAAAGGUAGAGGAAAAUGUUGUUCUUCCAUCUCCAAUUCCAUGGAGAUCAAGAUCAGGAAGGAUGGAAAUGAAGGAGGAUUUGGAUGUUCCUCCCCUGUAUUCUCUGCCUCCUUCAAUGGAGGAAUCUGAAUUCAAUCGGCUUGAAUCGCGCUCUUUCAGGUCACAAACCUCUCUGUCAUCCAGACCCAAUUCCACUUCUCCCUCCCCAAACAAGCUGUCUCCUUCGCCAUCACUUUCCUCGCCAAAAAAACCAUCGCCUUUGCCGCCUUUGUCACCGGAAUUGCAUGCCAAGAGUGUCGAAGACACUGUAAGAAAGAAGAUUCAUUACAAGUCUUCACCUCCACCACCUCCUCCACCACCACCUCCACCAUUUUAUUCUCCAAUGAAAUCGAAUUCAAAUCUCAGAAAUGAUUAUGUUUUUGCUGAGAAGGAAUUGAAGAGGAGCAUCAGAAGCGUGUCAAAGGACACGAAUGGCAGUGGCAGAGAGGAAGUGCUAAUGAGAACAAAUUCAGGGUUAGAGUCAAGACCAAGAACCCAAAACUAUGGUUCUUUGAUGGGUCAGCCAGUUCGAACAAUUAGAUCAAAUGAACCAGUUAUGGGUGCUAUGAAUGGCAUGGCAGAGAAAAGAGAAACAGAAUCAGGUUUCAUUGAAAGAACAAGAAGAACAUUUCCUGUGAUGUCAAAAUCAACUUCCUCAGUGUAUAGAAUGGAAGAGAUGAAUGGAAUUGAGGAAAAUGUGGUUGUGGAAAGUGAUGAAGAUUCGGAGACUGAGAGCGAUGACUUUGGAGGAAGUUCGGAGUAUGAAGAAGUUGCUUCUAACAAUGGGGGACCGGAUGUUAACAAGAAGGCCGACGAGUUCAUAGCCAAAUUCAGAGAACAAAUAAGGCUCCAGAGGAUUGAUUCGAUCAAGAGAUCGACUGGGCAGCUUCCUAGAAAAUCUAAGUAAAUUCGCUAUGGUGUUCAAACUUUGAUUUCUGUCUGUUUUAUGUUUCCAACUCACUUGUUACUACAAGGUUUUCAUACAUAGAUUUACAUGUUCUACUUUCAACCAGCAACCACAUUGGAGUAAUGUUGGUCUUGGUCCCUUCAUAUUGUUGGUUAUGGUUUUACUUUUGUACGCUUGUCAAUUAAAAAGAAAAAUAUGGGUUUUUUUCCCUCUA